AUGAGAUCACAUAUUGAUGCUGCAUCUGGCAGAACAAUUUUAUCAAAGACAUCGGCGGAAGCAUUAAUCUUAUUUGAGGAUAUGGCCAUGAAUAGUUGUCAAUCUCAGAGUGAGAGAUCGACGAUUAAAAAGGCAAAUGGGGUUUUUGAAGUAGAUCAAAUAACUUCACUGAUGGCGCAUAUGUCUGCUUUGACUAAUCAGAUUAAGGGUCUCACUGAAAAUAAAGUAGCGGCAAGUCAAGAAACUAUAAAUGUGGCACAAGCUUCUAGUUCGAAUGGGUUGGUGGAUGAACAAUGCCAAUAUGUCAAUCAGAACUACAACUUUAGACCCAACAACAACUUGCCCACAUACUACCAUCCUAGCCUGCGCAAUAAUGAAAUUUUUUCCUAUGCAAGCAAUAGAAAUGUUCUCCAACCACCUCAAGAGCCACCUAGACAAAUAGGGGAGAAGCCUUCACCAUCACUUGAAGAGUUACUGAAGACUUACAUAGUGGACUCCAAGGCAAGGCUAGAUCAACAUGGCACUCGUCUCAACAAUAUUGAAACACAUUGUACUAAUAUGGGAGCAACGAUGAAGACAUUGGAAACACAAGUGGGUCAAUUGGCCAAUACUAUGAAGACUCAAAUGUCUAGAUCUUUUCCAAGUGACACGGAGAAGAAUCCAAAAGAGUGUAAUGCAAUUACUUUGAGGAGUGGAAAAGAAUUGGACGCUCCUACAGUUGAGAAUAAAAAGGUUGAUGAGAUCCCAAUGAAUGGUGAGAAAGAAAAAGACAGGAAAAAUGAAAGGAUUCUGAAGAAAGAGUCAUUGGUGGCUAAUUCGGGUUCAAUUACUUUUCCGGACAACCCACCCAAGAUUACUACUCCAUUACCAUUUCCUCAAAGAUUUCACAAGAAGGAGAUUGAUGAAAAAUUUGCAAAGUUCUUGAAUAUUUUCAAGAAAAUAUAUAUUAACAUUCCUUUUAUGGAUGCCCUUGAACAAAUGUCAAACUACACUAAGUUUAUGAAGGAGUUGAUGUCUAAGAAGUGUAAGUUAGAGGAUUAUGAAACUGUGAAGCUAACAGAAAAACUCAAUCUUGGAGAGGUCACACAAACUACCAUUUCCUUACAAUUGGCGGAUUGUUCUUUGACGUAUUCUAGAGGUAUCAUUGAAUAUUUUCUAGUGAAGAUUGAUAGAUUCAUUUUUUCGGUUGAUUUUGUUGUGCUUGACAUGGAGGAAGACCAAGAAAUUUCGAUAAUCUUGGGAAGACCUUUCCUAGCAACCGGGAAAGCUUUAAUUGAUGUACAUGAUGGUAACUUGACUCUAAGGGUGAAUGGCGAAGAAAUAUUUUUCAAGAACGUGUUUCAUGAUGAUCCUUUGGAACUAUGUUUGACAACACCGAUUUCUAAAGAGGACCUUGGAGUGGAUUCAGGAAUGAAUGAUAUGGAGGUGGUUGAUAAUGUCUUUGCUUUAGAAGCAUUACCGGUAGAAAAGGAAGUGUCUAAGAAGGAAGAUAUUUGUAAGGCUCCAACUCUUGAUAAUAGCUUGGAGAAAAAGAAUACUGCUAGUGAUGGGCUUAUUUUGAAGCAAUUACCCUCUCAUCUUUAG